UAUACCCUUCUCUACAUAACUCCAAACCGCAAAAUUCCAUUUUCGCAUUUCACCGUAAAAUAAUUUUAAGCAUUUCCCCUCUUCUGUUUCUUGUUCAAGUCCACAAGACGACGAACAGAUUGAUACACCAGGAAAAUAAAAUUUAGAGUCCUGGUCGGUCUUCCCCACCUUGUCUUUGAUUUUCUUUGUUUCUCACUCGUAUUUACCCCUUUUAACACGUAUUAAGAUUCAAGGGUGUUUCCAUUUCUUGUUCAUUUUCUCAGUCUUUGUAUCCCAAUCUCCAGGUUAAGUUCCUUCUCUUUUCUUCGACCCUGAAUUUUUCUUGCCCUCUUUGUCAUUUUUUUCUUCUUUUUACACAUGUAUAUGUAAAUCUAUUUUUCUUUGUAAUUUGUGCGUACAAUAACUUAAUCUUUGUAUAAUUUCCAGCUUUUGUUAUACUGUUUUAUCUCCCAUAUUUCUGAUUUUUUUCUGAAUUUGCAACCCCAUCUCUGUUUCUGCCAAACCACUGUUCCCGUUUGACCUCUGUUUUCCUUUUUCUUCCUUUUUUUUCUCUAUAAAGUCUUAAGUUUUAAUUCAUUGAAUCUUUUUCUCUGGAAAUUUGUUCAUACCUUUCUUUGUUAAGAACUAGGCCAUCUUUGAAAAUGAAAAAAAGGGACAGCAGAAGCUUCCCUGAGCUUGUAUCCGAGGUACAAGCCUCAGUGGAAGAGGUAGCCUCAUUUCCAAAAGAAUCAGAAUCAGAAGCAGAAUCAGAAAGAGGUCUAUUCUUUGAAUUCCCACGUCUUCUGCAUAAACUUUCUCCAAUUUUGAGUGACAUAAAGGAUAAUAAAGAUGUUAUGGACACGGUUACUAUCCGAAAAGCAAUGGAAUCGCUUGAGAAAGAGCUUAGACGUGCUAAGACUUUGAUCAAAAGCCCUGAUUCUAAACAACCGAAUACAUGGAUCGAAGAUGUGAUACAAGAUCUUGGGAGAUCCAUAGGCCUUGUGCUCUUUGCUAGCAUUGAUCUUCAUUUGGAUGUGAAAGAGAAGAUUGGUGCAUUGCAUAAAGAAUUCAUGAAUGUGAGGCUUGAUGCAAGCUUAAGCCUCAGUCCUAGCCCAAGCAAUCAAUCCGAGUUUGUUAGUGCAACAGCAUCAGAGAAAGAAAUUGAGGAAAGAACAGAAAUAGAAGAGGAGAGAACAAAUCUUACGAUUGAUGAUGUUGUCUUGCAACUGAAAUAUGGUAAUGAUGAAGAAUUCAACUUCGCACUUUUGGACUUCAACGAGUCUACUAGGCAUGGAUUGAUUACAAAUGAAUGGAUAAAUGAAGAAGACAUUAUUCCCAUUUUAGUUAAUCGGUUAGGAUCAUGUAAGCCAAACAACCGUUUGAUCAUUCUUCGGACGCUGAGAAACCUCGCUUUAGAAAAUGCUGAAAACAAGGAAAAGAUGGCAGAUGCUACUUCUUUAUCAGCAUUGGUGAAAUCUUUGACGCGAGAUGUGGAAGAAAGGAGGGAAGCCGUAGGGCUGUUGCUUGAUCUGUCAGAUCUUUCUGCAGUUUGGAGACGGCUUGGCAGAAUUCAAGGGUGCAUUGUUAUGUUAGUUACCAUGUUUAAUGGGGACGAUCCAAUUGCUUCGGACAAUGCAGGGAAGUUAUUAAAUGCAUUGUCAAUUAAUACACAAAAUGCGCUGCAUAUGGCAGAGGCUGGUUACUUCAAGCCCCUAGUGCACUAUUUGAAUGAAGGCUCAGACAUGAGUAAGAUCCUCAUGGCAACUGCAAUGUCAAGAAUGGAGUUAACAGAUCAAAGUAGAGCUUCCCUUGGAGAAGAUGGAGCAGUUGAACCUCUUGUUAAGAUGUUUAAUGGUGGGAAGCUUGAAGCGAAGUUAUCUGCUUUGCAUGCAUUGCAAAAUUUAUCAAAUUUGCCAGAAAACGUACAACGGUUGAUCAGUUCAGGCAUGGUAGUAUCUCUACUUCAGCUCCUUUUCUCUGUCACAUCUGUGCUCAUGACUCUUCGGGAGCCAGCUUCAGCGAUUCUUGCAAGAAUUGCACAGUCAGAAUCUAUUCUUGUUAAUCAAGAUGUAGCACAGCAAAUGCUCUCCCUUCUAGAUCUCUCAAGUCCUGUAAUUCAGUAUCACCUCCUACAAGCACUGAAUAGUAUUGCUGGCCAUUCUAGUGCAUCCAAAGUUAGAAGAAAAAUGAAGGAAAAUGGUGCAAUUCAGCUUCUUCUACCCUUUCUAACCGAAAGUAACACUAAAAUCAGGACUGGAGCAUUGAAUUUACUUUACACUCUUUCGAAAUAUUUACCUCAAGAAUUGACAGAACAGAUAGGGGAAAACCACCUGAACAUCAUUGUCAACAUUAUCUCAUCAUCAUCAUUGGAAAGUGAUAAAGCUGCUGCAGUUGGCAUACUGAGUAACAUACCAAUUAGCAAUAAGAAAGUGACAGAGGUGCUUAAAAAUGCAAAUUUGCUGCCGAUUUUGAUAUCUAUAAUGACUUCAAGUCCUUCAACCUUAACAUCCACAUGGCAUUGGUUAGCAGAAGGUGUUGCAGGUAUAUUAAUUCGAUUUACAGUUCCUUCUGAUAAAAGACUACAGCUUCUUGCGGCACAAAAUGAGGUGAUUCCUUUGCUUGUGAAGUUGCUUUCUAGUGGAUCAUUGGUUGCUAAAUCUCGAGCUGCUACUUCACUAGGUCAGCUAUCACAGAAUUCACUGUCUCUGCGAAAGUCGAAAAAAUCAAGCUGGUCCUGUGUCCCUCCUUCCACUGCUGCAUUUUGUGAAGUCCAUGACGGCUAUUGCUACGUUAAGAACACAUUUUGUUUGGUCAAGGCAGGUGCAAUUCCUCCAUUAGUCCAAAUAUUGGAAGGUAAAGAUAGGGAAGCGGAUGAAGCUGUUCUAAAUGCAAUUGCAACUCUAUUGCAAGAUGAAAUCUGGGAAAAUGGAAGUAAUUACAUUGCCAAAAUAUCAGGUGUUGAAGCAAUUAUAAAAAUCCUGGAAUCAACAACUGUAAAGGCUCAGGAGAAAGCACUAUGGAUAUUGGAAAGGGUUUUCAAAGCCGAGGAGCAUAGAGUAAAGUAUGGGGAAUCUACUCAGGUUUUGCUCAUUGAUCUAGCUCAGAAUGGUGACCCACGGUUAAAAUCAUUAACUGCAAAAUUAUUGGCAGAGCUUGAACUCUUACAGCUUCAAUCUAGUUACUUUUAAGAGUACAAUUCCUACUACAUAUCAACAACUGUUUUCCGCAUGUCAAUUUGCUUUUACAGUUUAUAUACAUUAUAUAUAUUUCUUUAUUUCCUAUAAUAAUAGUUGAGAACUUGACUGAUCUACU